ACGGCAAAUAAGUUGAAAAAUUGAAGCCUUUGUCCAUGCGGAUAAUUUUCUGGUGGAUGCUCAUUCCGACCCUAGUCAUCUACACCAAAUUGUUAUCGUGUUUGACUUGGCCGCACACCAAACAUUGUUAUGUCAUAAGAAAAAAACAGCAAUUCUUGAUGUAGAGGCAAACAGCAAUUCUUGAUGUAGAGGCCAACGCCAAGAAGCAGAAGAAGCAGAAGAAGCAGAAGAAGAAGAGUGGUGAGUUUGAUUCAUUCGCAAACCAUCUUGAAGAUCUUGCUUUGAUGGAUAGAGAACAGAGGAUGUAGCCAGCCUUUUCAAACAAUGAAACUGAAUCAAUGCAAGUUAAAGAUGUAGGGGAAAAAAACAGAACAGUAGAAAGAAUGCAGGCACUUCAUUCAAUUAACAUAGUUUUUUCAGCAAAUUAUCAUUGAAGCACUGCAAUAUAAUCCACUGCAACCUCUGGAAAACAAAAACAAGCAAUAGAAAUUUUGUGCCAUUUUAUAUCUUAUUAGCAGGUUAUCAAGCACGUCAAAUUCAAUAAAGCAACAGUACUCCAAGAUCAGACAGCAUGUCGUCCGGAGACACAAUAACCGGCACAGUGGCAAUAGUGGCUGUUAGUAUUGUGACCAUCGUAGUGGCAAUUGCAAUUAUUAGAUGCAUUCAGAAGAUUCGAAUGCAAGCAAGGAACACAUCUGCGCAGACUAGGAACACAGCUAUGCAAGCAACUGCUGUAUCUACUGAAUCCAGACCAUUGAAUUCAGCAGUGGAUGUGGAUUCAAGCAUCGACAUGGUUACAAUUGAGUGCUUUCUAAAGGAUAUAGUAAAAGAGAGACCUGUCAGAUUUUCUCCUCAGAAUAUUAUCGAUUUUACACAAAACUUUGCACAAAAAUUGGGUUCAGGAGGGUUCGGAAUAGUCUAUAAAGGGCAGUUCCCCAAUGGUGUGCAGAUAGCAGUAAAAAUACUUCACAAAACUCAAGAUAAAAAAGCUGAGGAGCAGUUCAUGGCAGAGAUAGGAACCAUAGGAAGAACACACCAUAUCAACCUUGUUAGGCUCUUUGGAUUUUGCUUUGAUAAAGCUUUGAAAGCACUUGUUUACGAGUAUAUGGAAAAGGGCUCACUAGAUGGUUACUUGUUUGAUGAGAAUCUGAAGCUCAAAUGGGAAAAGCUUUAUGAGAUUGCCAUCGGAACAGCCAAGGGGAUCAGAUACCUGCAUGAGGAGUGUCAGAGGAGGAUAGUGCAUUAUGAUAUAAAGCCUGGAAAUGUUCUUCUCGAUGCUAAUUUCUUUCCAAAAGUGGCAGAUUUUGGAUUGGCAAGGCUUUGUGAUAGAGAUAAUACCCAUGUCAGCAUGACAGGAGGCAGGGGAACUCCUGGCUAUGCAGCACCAGAGCUCUGGAUGCCAUACCCUGUGACUCACAAGUGCGAUGUUUACAGCUACGGAAUGCUCUUGUUUGAGAUACUGGGAAGGAGACGGAAUCUCAUUCUCGGCCAGGCAGAGAGCCAAGAAUGGUUUCCGAGAUGGAUAUGGGACAAGUUUGAAGGAGGAGAACUAGAAAGUGUCAUGUUAAAUUGUGGGAUAGAACACAAUGACAGAGAUAAAGCAGAGAGGAUGUGCAAGGUGGCAUUGUGGUGUGUUCAAUAUCAACCAGAUGCAAGACCUUCGAUGAAUAGCAUUAUAAGGAUGUUGGAAGGAGAGGAGGAGAUCAUUGCACCAAAAAAUCCAUUCCAAUAUAUGAUGCCAUUUGAUGGGAGUUCAUCUCAGUGGAGUGAAAGCAGAGGAGAUUCAACAAGCACAGCAACAGCAACAAAUGAAAGUGAAGAGAAUAGUUUGAUUCAUCAAAAUCAGCAGUAAGACAAAAAAAUUCAUCCAACUUGAAUGAAUCUAUGAUUGAAAUAUCCAAUGCUUGAGAAGGGACCUUAUCUUUGCCAGGACAUUUUUCAAACAUGGAAAUUAUGAGUACAACAUUAUAAAUUCUCACUGAUUUAUAUGCUCAGAAAGUUUCUUUUUUUGCAUUCCCUAACUUCUCGUAUUAUUUACAUAGAUACAGCCUCAAGCAAGCCAACCAUCUCACUGAUUCUAAACUAAUUAAACAACAAAUUCAAAUCAAACAAACAAAGAAACAACACCAAAACCACAGAGAAUCAAAUACAUAAAACCUAAACAAGAACCAAAUCCAAUCAAAACUCCCCAAAACCCUAUUUUAUUAGAAGGCGAUCAUAUAAACAAAAAAAAUCACAUCUCAAAAACCCUAACAACAAACCACAUUGAAUCAUACCAAAAAUGCAAGAUGAAAUCAGGUAGUGCCUUGCUCCUGAGGUUGUUGCGGUGCCAUUCCAAUCGGAAGUGGAGCUUCUGCUCCGCCUCAUCCGCGAACUCCUUGUUCCUUGUUGCACGUUAAACCCUGCAUUUCCUCAGCCCGCUCGCGCUCUCCCUCUCCGUCCAGAGAAACAAGAGGGCUUUUAAAGGUUGGUGUU